AGUCUCCAGACGAAGGAUCCACGGAAACCCAAACAUAUAAAUAAAAAGCAGGAAACAUCAGCAGUGCUUCGCCCAGAGGCUCAGUGAAGAUGUUACCUAGUAAGGUGAAAUCUUCAGCAAAGCUUUAAGUCCAAGAAGUGUCAUUGUUACUUGGCUAGCCAAUAAGGAUGAAAUUCAGAGGAAAAUGGGGAAAGACGGAAUGCCAACUUUACUUUUUGUGUAUCACAAUGACCCUAUUCAUUUGGACCUUUCAUUGGAACAAGUUUCUUAGGUUCAGCAAUGCUAUCAAGUCUGAUUUUGCCCAUUUUCAAGAUGCACGGUGUACAAACUGGCUUUCAAAAGAACAUAAUUUGUCAGUCCUCUCCAAUUUUAUUCGAAAUGCUGACAUAUUUUUAUCAAUCACUGGUGGGUGGUGGUACCAACCAAACCACCUGCAUCAUUCAUUACCCUAUGGGAUUAAAGGCAAUGAAGCGAUUGUCAAAAUGAUAUUAGCCCAUACAAAGUUCAACAUGCCUGAGGAGAUAAACAGUUUAGAUUGUAAGCGAUGUGUUAUCGUUGGCAAUGGAGACACUCUGAGGAACAGCUCCCUGGGAGAAACAAUCAACAAGUACGAUAUUGUUAUUCGAUUAAACAAUGCUCCAGUGAGAGGCUAUGAGAAGGAUGUUGGAAACAAAACAACCCUUAGGAUCUUUUACCCGGAAUCAACAAUUGAAGAUCCCACCGUUGAAAACAAUCUUGAUACACUCUUUGUGCUCGUACCAUUUAAGACAGUCGACAUUCACUGGUUGAAGGCGAUCGUGUACAAUGAGACAAAAAUUACAACAGGAUUCUGGAAAAGGCCAGCCUUUGUAAAGAAUUUGGAUCCUGCCAAGGUGCGAAUACUCAAUCCCUACUAUAUGUUUCAAGCUGCAACAUGUUUUCUGAGUCAACCCAAUAAAAGGAGAGGAAAUCGUCCAACCACUGGGUUCUUAGCUGUCACGUUGGGCCUGAACUAUUGUGAUGAAGUUGAUGUUGCUGGAUUUGGUUAUCCAUUGAAACAAAAAAACGGGAGGAUUCAUUACUAUGAUCAGCUGAGUAUGAAACAUAUGGCAAACAAUGUGCACAAUGUCAACAAUGAACACCUGUUUUUGAAGAUGCUGAAGAAUGCUGGAGUGAUCAAAUACCUCACUUAACCUUCAC